ACUCUUGGUGCGAACGCCCAGUGCUUCGGACGGGUUUUGUGUGCAUUCGCUGGCUCUUCGCUCGAGGGGGAUUCCGUGUGCUUCGGUGGACCUUCAGAGCGCAACUUCGGUAGCGUCGUUUUGAAGUUGUCGGUUUGUUCUUUCGUGCAUGUGCUUGAAUAGUGGUUUGCAACACACUGGAGGUGAAUUUUACGCAAGUGAAAAUUGGUUAACAAUUUGUGGAAAUUGAGCUCGUUAAGAACGGGUAGUGUGUUGUUUGGUUGGGCGGUACAGUGUUUUUAACAAUAAAGAUCAGUGCAGAAGGCGGUGCAUUUUAAACGUGACUUGAGUAAUAAUUUGGGAAAUUAUUAGUGGUUAGUGAGUGAUAAAAUAAAAUCAUCUACUCGGUAAUGUCCUAUGAAAAGUCAAAUUAAAGCGUCGAUUUCCGUGCGUUCUAGAGUGCAAGAAACCCAUAUCGUAGUAGCCGUUUUUCCUGCUCGCCAGUGUGUGUUUGACAGCCCCCAGUAACAAAGGCAAAACGGUUUUUCUGGGUGCGUUUUGGGUCGUUAUGAGGAUCGAAUAAAACAAAACAAAAUAAACGGGGUGAUUGAAUGUUUUGCCAGAGUUUUUCCGACCGUCCAGGAUUCUCCGGCUGUGUGUGUGUCUGACACGUGCAACAUUUAUUGAUUCGCGAUUGUGAGUGAACGGCGAGUGUAACGCGCCAUAAAACCCGCACACAGAAAAGAUUCCAUCACAGUUUGAAAUGAAUAAAUAGCCGAAAUAAAUUUUCGCUCUCACUCCCUGAAGUACCAUAAAUUGUGGGCCCACCCAGGCGGCUGCCCGUUUCCUCCGACAGCAGCCCACGAUAAGAGAUACUAGAGGUGGUCCGAGAAGGACCUCCAGCGGUGGUGUAACUUGGUGACCGGUUGACGGCAAAAAAAAAACGAAAAAUCGGCAUCAGGUGAAGUUAUGUGAGUUGUGAGUGAAAUUUAUAUGCUAGAAGAAUUUGCUGUGAAGCAGUGGAAAUAUUACACUUUUUGAAGGUGUGCGGGAGAAGAGAUCCUUAAAUUAAAGCUCAAAACAAUAGUGUUCUGGGUCAGACGAGCAAGUUUAAAUAAGUAGAACCCUGCAAAGGUUGUUGGAAACGAAUCGAUACACCACUGCCGCAAACACUCCUGACAGUCAAAAGAUGACACACCUCCAGCGGCACCGGUUGGAGUCAGUGAGUGACCACAGUGGUCCGUCCAGCUCGUCGAGCAAAUCGGACAGCUCGGACGGUUCGGCCUCGGAGAUAUGCGAGGUAAUGCAGGACUGGUCUCUGGACGGUAGUGACCCGCAGUCACAUCCGAUGCAGCUGCACCAUCCCAACCUGCUCCAUCAUCAGCAUCACCACCAUCACCAUCAUCAUCAUCAUCAGCACAACAACCAUCAACGUCAUCAGCCACAGCACCACCGUACGCUUCUUGCGACUCACGAACAUCAUCAUCUUCAGCAGCAGCCACCGAAGCAGCAGCUCAGCUCGCCCAACUCGAGCUACACCCAGGAGGACGUUGACGAGCAGGACGUUGACGAUCUCGAGUACAGCAAGCACGACCUCAUCAGCCUGGACAACGGCAUCAUCACCGACUACGAGCGUGCACAGGUCGAGAGCUUCUUCAGCGGACUCGGUACCGAGGUGUACGUCAGCUCAUCGUUGGCCAAUCUGUACGAGCGCGUCGGCAAGGAGGACUGGCGCCUAGUGUUUACCGGGAUUCCGGUGCUGCUCCAUGACAAGGGCAGCACACGGUCACGCUGCACGCCGAGGGUGUCGUUCGUGUUGGCCGAGCGUGGUACGUGCUUCGCCCUGUGGAAGGAUACCAUCGACAACCUGUCCGACUAUAAGGUGGCAGCGGCUGCCUUCCAUACGAUGUGUCUAUCAGCAGAUCAUCGGAAAGUGAUCGGCUUCAGCUUCGAUUCGAACCAAGCUGCCCGGGAGAUGUGGGUCCGGGUCGAGGAGCUGACGAGCAAUCCGGAAAACAUUGCCCUAUCGGCACCGGGCCGCAAGCGCAAAACACAGAAGCGUGCCAAACCGAUCGUGUUGCCACCGAAGUCACAAAUCUCGCAACCGUGCCAGUUCAAUCACGUUACCAGCGUUACGACCGGUGACACGCAGCGUUACUUCAGUCUGCAGGCGUUCGUUUCGGCCCCGGUAAAGCACCGAAGUCCUUAGAGUGAAAGAGAGAGAGAGAGAGAGAGAGAGAAAGAGAGAGAGAGAGAGAGCGAGAAUGGACAGGAUAAACAGCAUCCAUGACACGGGAACAGAGAAUGUGUGUGUGUCCGGAAGUAGUAGGAGUUUAUUUUCAAACUCAUUUUCCAAGCUUCUCCUUUGUGUCCUCGGCAAUUCCUCUCUUUGUGUGCGUGUUUAAUCUCUAAGAACGAAGUGCAAUCAAGCGUAUGGAUUUUAGUUGAGAGGCCGAUAAGUAAUGACGUGAUUGUGCGAUAGGCAACUAAAGAUAAAGGAUACGAGAUGUAGAAGAAGGACAUAUGUUAGCAUCAGAACUCCCAGACAACACACUCACCUCCCUUCGAAAGAGAAUUCAGGUUAUUCACUCACAGUUAAGAUCCAUGGUUUUAUCUACUCUUAGACCUUAAGAACAUUCACAUCUCUUCAUGUAACAACAACACGUUCAGCAGCGAACUCCAUAUUGCUUCGGGACGAUAGCAGAUAGCUAGAACGACUAGACUGCAGUGCCACAUUUUUUGUAGAUGCUUAAGUGACUAGCUUUAAGGGAUAGGACGAAAAUGGAAUCGAACGGAACGAGAGAGUUGGUCAGUGUGAAUUAAAUGUAUGUCUGUGAUAAACGAAAAUAAGACACAUGAGACAUCAUGUCCCCACGAUCAGUGGGUACGAUCGACCACCGGUCGAAGCGACCGGCAUAGACGGAGUCGGAAAAAUAGUGGGCGAAGAAAAUUGGACACAAACCAUGUUAGUUGUUAGAACUGAUUGAUGAAAGUUUUCUUAUUUCACCGUAUUUGCAAGCAUAUAUAAGCUAUUACUCAAAACACAUACGCAUACACGCAUCGUACAAUUGGCUUACAGUUGGCGUUCCCUAUCUGCCAAAGCAUAUGAUGUCUGUGGAGGACGAUGCGUUUCUCCCAUUUGUACAGAGGGUGUAAGAACAUCCAAGUGAAUGUAGACAACCGGCAUUCACGCGGCAUACGUGCGUUUGUAAUGAUAUAAAUGUAUUUUGGUAGCAAUGCUGAGCAACAUCAGUGUUUCACGUGCUGUAAAUAUUUGCAACAACAACAACAAAACCUUUUGUGUAGUUUGAAGAAAUAAAUUUCAAUUUUAUCAAAAUGAUCAGA